AUGGGAUCCACCGUCAAAUGGCCUGGUAAACUCAAUCCCGAGGCAAGGAGAGACGCAACCAAGUGGUACGAAUUCCACAACGAUCAAGGGCACAACACCACGGACUGUAUCGCAUUGCGGCUCGAGGUUGCCGCACUUUUAAAGAGGGGACAUCUCCGGGACCUACUCACUGACAAGGGGAAGAACACCAUUAGCCAGAAGGGCCCCAAACAACCGUCGCCCCCUCCGCGAGAACCCACACCUAAGGGUUUCUGCUCACGCAUCUCCGGGGGAUUAGAAAUCAGUGGGGCAAGUUACUCAUUGGCCAAACGGCAUGCUAAAACCAACAACCAUGAAAUCCAGUCCGUCCAUCCGGUCUCGAGGUCAUACUCUCAUCAAGUGAUUCAGUUCGAAGAUGACGAACCGGUCACCCUGGCCAUUCCUUACCACGAUGCCUUAGUCCUCUCCCUGCAAAUAGCCAACAUCCUAGUGAAUAGGGUGUUCGUAGAUAGAGGUUCAUCAGCAAAUAUCCUAUUCCUCAAAGCAGUAAAAGCAAUGGGGCUGGAAGAAGCAAAUAUCAACAGACGACCGACACUGCUGGUUGGAUUCAACUCGGAACAGAAAUACACUAUCGGGGAGAUCAUCAUUCCUAUCUAUGCCGGCGGAGUAAACAAACAGAUAGUCUUCUCGGUGAUCGACUGCCCAUCCCUCUACAACGUCAUUCUGGGCCACCCCUGGAUCCAUGACAUGCGGGCAGUGCCAUCUACCUUCCAUCAGACAAUCAGGUUCCCAACCAAAUGGGUAGUGCGGGAGAUCAAGGGUGACCCUAAAGCUUCCAGGGAUUGCUAUAAGAACGCCUUCAAAAGCAAGGGAAACUCUUUAUAG